CGUUUGGCAGAACAAACCGGGUUGUACGGAGUCAAAGAAAUGCUGGAAUCCGACAGAUUCAUCGAAGAGGUUUUCGAGGAAGACGAUUUCGCUAAAUGCGACCUUGAAAUUCAGGGAGUCCCUUACUUCAUCGUGAAUGACCGGUUCUACUUGGAGGGAGCCAAUCCACCUUCUGCCUUUCUUAAUGUUUUUCAAAUCAUGGAGAGGAUGCUAGCGAAUGAGAAAGCUUUGUGUAUCGAUGGUAACUAGGUAUCUGCUUGCCAUCUGUAUUCCUUUGGGAUAUUUUUAUAUUAAUAUAAACCUAUUAAUAUCUUGCAUAUU